UUGAAAAAAGAGAAAAGCAGGUCUCCAGAAGUGGGGAUCAAUCAGAGGCGACUCGCCCCAGCUCAGUGACGACCAUGGCGGCCCGGGGAAGCUCCGAACAGCGCACCUCCUCCUCCUCCUCCUCCUCGUCCGUCUCCUUCUUCUAAGUGCUGGAUUACCUUUGCGGGCUCUUUUCCCACUUGAAAGUCGGCGCGGACCGACGGGGCGCCGCUCUCCGCUCCCGACAUGAGUGAGAGGAGGCGUUCGGCCGCCGCUCUCAGCUCGCGAGCCCACGCCUUCUCCGUGGAAGCCCUUAUCGGCUCCGGCAAGAAGAGGAAGCUGCGGGCGGCCGCCGCCGCCGCCGCCGCUGCGGCCGCCGCGGCUGCAGCUGGCGGCGGCGGUGGAGGUGGAGGUUGGGACCCCCAAAAAGACGACGACGACCUCCACUUGGCCGCCGUGGUGGACGCCGACGACCCGGCGCACUGCCUCCACAUGGAUCCCGACUCAGAGGCGAGUCCCGGCUCCGACUGCUCGGACCUGGCGGAGAGGACGUCGUGCUCGUUCGGCUCGCCGGGUUGCGAGCUGCCGGCCGCCGCAUCGGUGGUGGCGGCGGGCCCCUGCGAGGCCUCCUCGGCCUCGGACUGCUCGUCCAUGGAGGAGAUCCACGUGGAGCUGCAGUGCGCCGACCUGUGGAAGCGAUUCCACGACAUCGGGACCGAGAUGAUCAUCACCAAGGCCGGCAGGAGGAUGUUUCCUGCGAUGAGAGUCAAGAUCGCAGGCCUGGACCCCCACCAGCAGUAUUACAUCGCCAUGGACAUCGUGCCCGUGGACAACAAACGAUACCGGUACGUGUACCACAGCUCCAAGUGGAUGGUGGCGGGCAACGCUGACUCCCCGGUGCCCCCGCGGGUCUACAUCCACCCGGACUCCCUGGCUUCGGGCGACACGUGGAUGCGGCAGGUGGUCAGCUUCGACAAGCUCAAACUCACCAACAACGAGCUGGACGACCAAGGACAUAUCAUCCUUCACUCUAUGCACAAGUACCAGCCUCGCGUUCACGUCAUCCGCAAGGACUUCAGCAGUGAGCUGUCGCCAAACAAACAGGUUCCAGGCGGCGAGGGCGUCAAGACCUUCAGCUUUCCCGAGACUGUUUUCACCACAGUCACCGCUUACCAGAACCAGCAGAUCACCAGACUAAAGAUCGACCGGAACCCCUUUGCCAAAGGUUUUCGGGACUCUGGCAGAAACAGGACAGGUCUUGAGGCCAUCAUGGAGACGUACGCUUUCUGGAGACCUCCAGUGAGGACGCUCACCUUUGAAGACUUCACCAACAUGCAGAAGCAGCAGGGUGGGAGCACGGGUACAUCUCCAACCACCUCCAGCACAGGGACGCCCUCCCCCUCCGGAGCCGCCCAUCUCCUGUCCCCUUCCUGCUCGCCACCCGCCUUCCAUCUUGCGCCCAACACCUUCAAUGUGGGCUGCCGGGAGAGCCAGCUGUGCAACCUGGGACUGUCUGAGUACCCGGCGUGCGCCCGCAGCAACAUGGCAGCGCUACAGGGCUACGGAGGCCUGGCUGACGGCUCCUACGGACGCCUCCAGGCGGCGGGUAGCGGCGUGGCCCCCACGCAGCCGGCCGAGUCCUUCCUGCCACAGAGGACUUCCUCUUUGAUCGGCAUGCAAGGCAGCGCUUCCACGGUCGCCCCCGGCGCCACCGGCGGCAAAAUGGAUGCCUACGGAGGCCAGCUGAGCUCCUUCCCCGCAUCACAGUUGCAGUAUGUGAUGCAGGCAGGCGCCGGCGGGUCCGGGGGUCCCUCGGCCACCGCCCCCUCAGGUUCUUCUCCGUCCUCAGCUCACAUGUUCAGCGGGGGCCAUCACCACGUACAGCAGGGCUCCUACAAUGCCUUCUCCCUGCACAACCCCUACAAUUUGUACGGAUACAACUUCCCCGCCUCGCCCCGCUUGGCCACCAGCCCCGAGAAGCCCCAGGGGGGGCUGCUGUGCUCCUCCGCCCCAGCCGGUGCCUUUGCAGAGCGCCAGUACCUGUCCAACGGCAACAUGGACACGAUGCACAUGAUUGGUAACAGCGCCGGCGGCCAGCAGCAGGGCGCCGCUCCCUGUGAUGGACGUCAGUACGGCACCUCCUCCCAGAUGUCCAUGCACAUGGUGUAGAGACGAGAGGGUGGUGCAGAGAUAUUCUGCCGCAAAUUUGGAACUUGUGAAUUUUUUUUUUUUUUUUUUUCCCCCAGCUGUUAGCCUUUUAAAAAAGGAUCGUGACUUGUGAAUACGCCCUUCUCAUCUUAAAAAGGCCUUCGAGGGGGCAACCUACUACUAUUUAAUUUUUUUUUUUUUUUUUUGGGACGAAAGGGGGCAGCAGGGAUGACGAAAGUGGUGGUGACUGUGGCGGCAUCAUGGGAGAUGUUAGGUACGAUGAUGGCUGAAGUGGUAAGGGCGGUUGUGUUGGUGGCAGGAUCGGCGGGCUGCUAUACUUACAGAGGUGACCCAUUGCUGGAAAGGAUGACAGGGGCAAAGGGCUCAACACAGUCAAGAUUUGUUCUGGUUCAAUAUUUUCACCGCCCUUUCUUAUAGCCUGGUUCUGCAAAAAAUGACCGCCCAAGUGUGGUGAGAAUCGGGACACCUUGGACGGAAUCUCGGGACGCGUCUUGUCGGACAAGUAGCGGCCUCACCUGUCCUAAAAGGAAUAUCAACCCCCCGAAGCAAAAUCCCCUGACAGACUGACACCUGGCGUCGCCGUUUUGGAGUGGAUUAUGUCUUUUAGAUGUUUAAUGCAAUCAAUAAGCUUAAACGUGUGAAGUUAUCAGCAAUAGCAAAGCGAAGUUGCUCAAGUGUGUUUUGUGGUAUUUAAGUACUGAGCAGUACCGUCGUUGUUAUAUAAAUGUGUGGCAUAGUAAAAUAAGAAAAAAAAAAAAAAAGCAACAGCAAAAAUAUGUUUUUUUGUGUGUAAAUGUAAAUAAAAGUGCCAAGCACAUAAAAAACCUCAAUAAACGUUUUAAUUCA